ACCGCGGUGUUUGUUUGCGUUGUUGUACACGUCUUUGACGACGAUUGGCUGUUCUGGCUGCUUCUGGCUAAGCGACAGAGGGGGACGGUAUAAAAAGCGCGCGCAAUUAUUUAUUUGCGCAAUUUAGAGCUCUUCUCAGAUUUUGCAAAGAGACGCGAAGCUUGUACGGACAGUCAGACCUUCAAACGAACAACAUGAAGAUCGUUCUGGCGUUUCUUCUUGUCGCGUUUGCGGCUGUGUGCGUGUACGCCACGUCGGAGCCCCACUGCGAGGGUGUGACGUGUGACCCCGAAACCUGCCCCAAGCACGAGUGCCAGUGCGGGAGUCACAAGGACGCCUGCGGCUGCUGCGACUUCUGUAACAAGUGUCUGAACGAGGAAUGCCACCCCGAACACAACGACCGUUGCGCCGAUGGCUUGCACUGCGUCAAGAAGGUCAUAGGUGAGGAGGUGACGCCCGUUGCAGGGCACUGCGAGGCAGAGCACGACGGCAGUUCCACCGCGGCACCAGAAGUCCACGUUCAGGUACCCGAUUCGGAGGCGCCCGUUGAUGAACACCACGCGCACCAGGAAGCUGGGGAGCAAGCCAAGAGCGGCGGCGAAGAGCACCACGAGUAAUUAUCUAUGACCGCUGAAAAGACCUGAACGGCCGAGUAACAGAACCAUUCGUUCACUCCUUCGCAUUGGCUGUACAGAUGCCGCUAGUCACGUGAAAUAAACGACGCUGUUAUUGAAAUAAACACUACUUCUUCGGUG